AGUCCAACGCACACGACACAAACAUUAAAAAUUGAAAAGUCAUCGUUUCACAUGAAAGUAGCAUGAUGUGAAUUUAAAAAAAACACAAAAAAUUAAGAAACAAAAAAGUGAAAAAUCAAAUAUUAUGGAAGGUGGUGGAAUUAGAAUUGGAAUCAGAGGGAGGAGGAAAGACUACUGUUGCUGUUGUUGUUUUUAUAAUGUUCCUCGCCCCCCUGAUUUUCCCUUUUCCUAUUUUUCGAUAUUAUUAAUAUUAAUCAUUGUUUUUGUUAGUGAUGUUAUUGUUUGUUGUUGUGUUUUCUUUUCAAUCCCCGUAAAAAUUCAACAUAUAUUUAUUCAUAAAUGUUUAUUCUUCGUAUUCUUAUUAUUCCAUCAUGAUAAUUCUACGCCUUUUUUCUUCUCGAUCUCGUCUUCCUUAACUGGUACGGUAUUUUGUUUUUAGAGAGAGAGAAAGAACGAACGAGAGUUUUAGAGAGAGAGAGAGAAAGGACAAGGAAAUCGGAUUCCUUUGGAAGACCCAGUUUUUUAUGAGAAUUUGGGGAUCGGGGGUUUCGAGGUUUGAAGGUUUGAGGGAUUGAAAGGCGGAAGCUUUCGGUGAAAGCCCAGAUCUCGGUCUCGAUUUCAAUGGAGGCGGCAUCGGAGGGAGAAAAUCAGAACAAAAAUCAUGAGAGCAAUAGUAAAUUUAACAAUUCCAGUGAGGGGCAGAGCAAGCCCAAGCGUCAGAUGAAGACCCCCUUUCAGCUCGAAACCCUCGAGAAAGCAUAUGCCUUGGAUACCUACCCUUCGGAGGCGGUUAGGGCUGAGCUAUCGGAAAGAUUAGGGCUUUCCGAUCGGCAGUUGCAGAUGUGGUUCUGUCACAGAAGGUUGAAGGACAAGAAGGAAGGGGGUCCACCCAAGAAGCAGCGGAAAUUGGCACCCCCUUUGCCUGAGCCUCCUAUGGAUGAUUUGGCUCAUGGCUCAGAGCCGGGUAGUGAUUAUGGGUCGGGCUCUGGCUCCGGCUCAAGCCCCUUUGGUCAUGCACAGUUGCGGAAUGUGGUGGCUAGGGGUGUGGCUGAUGACAUUCCAAUGAGGGGGAGGAGGUAUUAUGAGUCGCCGCAGUCGAAAUUGGAGCUCAGAGCCAUUGCUUGUGUGGAAGCUCAGUUGGGAGAACCAUUGAGGGAAAAUGGCCCGCUUCUUGGGAUAGAGUUUGAUCCUUUGCCGCCAGAUGCAUUUGGGGCACCUAUAGUUGCGGAGCAGCAGAAGCGGUCUGCCCAUGCUUUGGAGGGCAAAUAUGAGCGUCAUGAUGCAAAACCAAAUAAAGCUGCUCCAAGGACCCUCCAUGAAUAUCCCUUUCUUCAAGAUCACUCCAGUAUUCGGUCUGAUGCAUAUGGACAAGUCUCUCAAUCUCAUUUUCACGAUUCAGCCAUUGAUGGUCCAUCUGCAAGAACUUCAUCAUUUGCUGUUGGAAAUGAGCCGUUGUCAAGGGUUCAUGUCCAUGGUCAUGCAUCGCGUGUUCGUCUUCUGUCUCAGCAGGAGAGGCAAGCGGUGCCCUACUCAUCUCCUGUUGAUGAUGGAAGCGUACCACAAAGGGACUCCUUCACUAACGUAAGAGUAAAUACUCAGUUUAGUGAUCCCCCUGUUGUUGCUCCGGAAAACUCUAAUUUAUUAUCUGAAGAUCAAAUUAAUGACUCUAUUCUGAGAAUGGAGAGGAAACGCAAGAGUGAAGAAGUGAGAAUCGCUAAAGAAGUUGAAGCUCAUGAGCUGCGGAUCCGGAAGGAGCUGGAGAAACAAGAUAUUCUGAGGAGAAAGAAUGAGGAACGAAUGAGGAAGGAAAUGGAAAGGCAAGACCGUGAGAGACGAAAAGAAGAAGAGAGGUUGAUGCGUGAAAGGCAGCGCGAGGAAGAGAGAUUAAAGCGUGAGCAAAAACGUGAAAUUGAACGAAGGGAAAAGUUUUUACAGAAAGAGUAUAUAAGAGCUGAGAAAAGGAGGCAGAAGGAAGAGCUUCGCAAAGAGAGAGAGGUAGUGAGACGCAAAGCUGCACUUGAGAAGGCAACUGCACGCAGGCUUGCUAAAGAAUCUAUGGAGCUUAUUGAGGAUGAGCAACUAGAACUAAUGGAGUUGGCAGCUGCAAGCAAGGGUUUGUCCUCCAUUAUUUCUAUUGAUCUUGACACCCUGCAAAACCUUGAUGCAUUCAGAGAUUCUUUGGUUGCAUUCCCACCUAGGUCUGUGCAAUUAAAAAGACCAUUUGCAAUUCAGCCGUGGAUCAAUUCAGAGGCGAAUAUUGGUAACCUUCUCAUGGUUUGGAGAUUUUUGAUUACCUUCGCUGAUGUUCUCGAGUUAUGGCCCUUUACCCUUGAUGAGUUUGUUCAAGCAUUUCAUGACUAUGAUUCAAGGUUGUUAGGAGAGAUCCAUGUGCUCUUGAGGUUGAUUAUCAAAGAUAUUGAAGAUGUUGCAAGGACUCCUACUGGAUUAGGAAUAAAUCAAAAUGGUGCUGCUAAUCCUGGAGGUGGACAUCCACAGAUUGUUGAAGGAGCAUAUGCAUGGGGCUUUGAUAUACGAAACUGGCAGCAGCACUUAAAUCUGCUAACAUGGCCUGAAAUAUUCCGGCAACUAGCACUCUCUGCCGGAUUUGGGCCACAGCUGAAGAAAAGGAGUAUUGCAUGGUCAUACACACCCGAUAAGGAUGAGGGUAAAGGUUGUCAGGAUGCCAUUUCUAAUCUACGAAAUGGUUCCGCAGCUGUAAAUGCAUUUGCAGUAAUGCAAGAGAAAGGCUUACUGGCUCCAAGAAGAUCUAGACACCGGUUGACUCCUGGAACUGUAAAGUUUGCAGCUUUUCAUGUGCUUUCACUUGAGGGAAAUAAGGGACUAACAGUGUUAGAUCUUGCAGAAAAGAUUCAGAAAUCUGGCCUUCGGGACCUGACAACAAGCAAGACUCCUGAAGCUUCAAUUUCUGUAGCUUUGACAAGAGAUACUAAGCUCUUUGAAAGAAUAGCUCCUUCAACAUAUCGUGUACGAGCUGCUUACAGAAAGGAUCCUAUUGAUGCUGAGGCUGUACUUUCAGCGGCCAGGAAGAAAAUUCAGAUAUUUGAAAAUGGAAUUUUAGCUGCAGAAGAUGUCGAUGAUGUUGAAAGAGAUGAUGUUGAAAAUGAUGAGGUUGAAAGAGACGAAGACUUUGAAUGUGAAGUUGAUGAAGAUCCUGAAGUUGAUGACUUAGCUACUCCAUCAGUUGCAAAGAAAUCCCCUGAUGAUUACAGUGAAGUAAUUAUUUUCUCAGAAAAUGGAAAGGACAGUUUAUGCGGCGAUGUUGGACUUGCUGUGAAAAAUGAGUUUGAUAAGGAUGUUUUAUGUUCCCCCGUCACUGGUUCCAAAGAUGUAUUCUGUCCUAGUGCUUCCUCAAAACAGUGUGUUUCAGGUGUAGAUAUUAGUACUAGUAAUCUUGACCAAGAAAAUAUGGAGAUUGAUGAAAGCAAGUCAGGUGAGUCAUGGGUUCAAGGACUUACAGAAGGGGAAUAUUCUGAUCUCAGCGUGGAAGAGCGUCUUAGAGGUCUUGUUGCCUUAAUUGGUGUUGCAAAUGAAGGAAACACCAUUCGUGUUGUUCUCGAGGAUCGCUUAGAAGCUGCAAAUGCUCUUAAGAAGCAAAUGUUGGCAGAGGCACAGCUGGAUAAAAGUCGCCUAAAAGAAGAGAAUGUUGGUAGGUUAGAUUUUCCAUCUUUUAUGGGAGGCAAAGCUGAAGUACAAGCUACCGGAGUAGAGGACGGCCAAAGUCCCUUACGGGAUGUUGAUAACAGAAACAUUGAAGCAUCUCCAGUCACUGCAGAAAAUCAAAAGUCUAUCCAUGGGUCACAAGGUGUUCAGAAUCAGCUAAAUGGUGUGCCUGUUGAAAGGACCUCAGCAGCCCAAGAUUUCUCCAUGGGUUCUGAUAACUUUUUGUCUCAGCAACUUGCAUAUGCAUCAAAAAGGUCACGCUCACAGUUAAAAUCAUAUAUUGCACAUAGAGCAGAAGAGAUGUAUGCAUACAGGUCCCUGCCUCUUGGUCAAGAUCGUAGGCAUAAUCGAUACUGGCAAUUUGUUGCAUCUGCAUCAAGAAAUGAUCCUGGUUCAGGCAGAAUUUUUAUUGAAUUGAACAAUGGAAGCUGGAGGCUUAUUGACACUGAAGGGGCCUUUGAUGCUCUUGUUACGGCUCUGGACACACGCGGGAUUAGGGAAUCUCAUUUACGCUUAAUGUUGCAAAAGAUUGAGGCAUCCUUCAGGGAGAAUGGUCGGAAAAAUGCACAUUGUCCUAACCAUGCAGGCCCGAGUAAAAACCAUGUUAAAAAUGAAGCCGACGAAAUGGAUUCUAGUCCUGAUUUCCCUUCUCGUUUUGACAGCCCUGAAAGUACAGUCUGUGCUUUGAAUUCUGAUACAACGCAGAGCUCCUCUUCUUUCAGAAUUGAGCUCGACAGAAGUGAAACUGAGAAAAGGGCUGCCUUGAGAAGGUAUCAAGAUUUUCAGAAGUGGAUGUGGAAAGAAUGCUUUAAUUCAUCUACCUUAUGUGCCACGAAAUAUGGGAAGGAGAGAUGCAGACCGCUGUUUGAUGUUUGUGAUGUCUGCCUCAGUUGUUAUUACUUUGAGGAUUCCCACUGCGAUACUUGCCAUCAGACUUUUGAUGCCUUCAACGGAAAUUUUGACUUUAAUGAACAUGUAAUUCAAUGUAAAAGAAAAAGGACGUUGGAACCUUGGGAUUUCCAUAUUCCUUGUACUUCUGUUCCCUUGGCCAGGAGAUUGCUCAAGGCAUUAAUAGGUCUUGUUGAGGUAUGUACCCCACCAGAGGCUCUUCAAUCAGUUUGGAUUGAAGACCGUCGAAAGAUGUGGGGAGAGAAACUGAAUGCGUCAUCAUCAAUGGAAGAACUUCUACAGACAUUGACUCUGUUUGAGACUGCUGUGAAGAAAGACUUUCUGUCAUCACACUUUGCACUGACGGAGGAAUUGCUGGGCUCCUGCAAACAGCUGGGGGUUGUUCGCGAUUAUCUUGACAAUGGAUCCGUUCCUGUACUUCCUUGGAUACCACUUACCACUGCAGCCGUGGCUUUGAGGCUUCAUGAGAUAGAUUCAGCAAUUACAUAUGUAAAGCAAGCGACACCUGAGCCCACCGCGGACAAGGAAGUGGGAGAAUAUCUUAAUCAACCUAUGAGACUUCUGGCAUCGAGGAGUGAGACUGAACUAACAGAAGCAGGCCUCAAUGAGUACACGAGGGAAGACAACAGUACUCACCUGAAAAGUGGACGAAACAGCUUUAGACGUGGUAGAGGAGGUCGAGAGCAAGGACGCGGUAAAAGGUGGCAGAAAAAGGUGAAUAAUCCCAAAUCAGUGGCAAGUCGUCGGAACAUUAGGGGUAAUGAGAAUUUGAGUCAAGGGUUGAGAACUGUGGGAAAACGAACGCAGGGACAAGGGAGUGGACGGGGUCGCCGAACUGUUAGAAAGAGGAGAAUGAAGAACAGGGCUGUUGAGGGGACACCUCUGGGCCGUAUGAGUGACAUACGCAGCAGCCCUGAGAGUGGAGGAGAAUCGCCAAGAAACUUGGCUGAGGAAUGGGAUGAUGAAAAGAUCGAUAUGAAAGGUGACGAGCAAGGAGAGGGAUAUGAACAAGGGGAGUUGGGAGAGGGAUAUGAACAAGGAGAGUUGGGAGAGGGAUAUGAACAAGGAGAGUUAGGAGAAGGAUAUGAACAAGGAGGCGCAUUGGAAUCUGAAGACGACGAACAAGCAGUGGGAUAUGGACAAGGUAACUGGGAAAUUGGGUUUGAUGGGACUUCCAGCGGAUGGAACAGGGGUUUAGUAGAAGCUAGUGACAACGAUUUGGAUACUUCUGAAGAUGACAAUAACGUCAUGGAAGAAGUGAGAGACGAAGAUUCAGAAGGGGAUGUAGAUGUCGAUAUGAGUGAUGCCUCGGAUGAAAUGCCAAACGCGAUGAGAAACGAUGAUGGCACAGAGUCGGAAAGUUCAGAUGACUAUAGUGAAUGAAGAUCAAAUUAUGAACUGCCUCUGCGCAACCGAGGUACCCUGGCUGCAUACAGUUUUAGAUAAUGCAGCUUUACUAGCUGCUCGUCUCAUCCUGGUGACGGAAAUCGAUAUCGGCCUCCCCAAAUCUUGAUUUUUGCUAUUAUAAUUAUUAGAUUAACAUUUCCAUUUUAUGGAUUAAAUUGUUAAGUGGUAGUGUAUUGAUAGAGGAUACUGGUUUAGGGGGAGCUGCAAUAGUUUUGUGGUGUAACGCGUAAGUCAUUAAGCGUGUAACAAAACCAUUUAUUUACCUAAUCAAAAGGUGAGCAAGUUACUUCCACCGCAAGCAA